AUGAUUCAAUCCAGGGAAAUAAAUUAUCAGAAUUACGAAAUCAAAUUACUCAUAUGUCGCUCUCUAUAUAUAUACGCGCGUUGUUUGUUAAUCGAAUACCUCUUUUCGACGGCGCAUAACGGUUAUUGCAUAAUCGGAAUUGGACACAGUCAUUUUGUACAUACUUUGAACACACCUAUGAACAUCGCUUCAAGUAAUUCUCUUAUCAAAGAUAGAGUGCGUCAUGUGAUUGUCAACAUACGUCAGCUGACAAAUAGACAAAAUCUAGUCUCGACUUCUAUGGCAAAUGCUUCAGAUCGCUCAUCGAUAACGGAUGAGCAACACCAAUUAGUAAAAUUUCGUAAGUCUGAUAUUAGUGUAAAGAACGUACUAGUAGAAACCGAGCUUUUGAAAAAAGCCCGGCAAAGAACGUUUUCUCAUUGGAAUGGUCAGAAUAUUCCGUCAGCGGCCCAAAUGAUUUAUGCUGGUUUUUUCUAUUGCAACGUUGCUGAUCGAGUAAUCUGCUUGUACUGUAACUUAAUCUGUCAAAAUUGGAUAUCUCAAGUAGACGAUCCCAAAGAAGUUCAUCGAAAUCUUUCACCGCAGUGCGUUUAUGUUCAACUAAUGUGCCAAAUACAUGAAAAGACACCGAUAUCUAUUAUUAACCAAAAUUCUGACACACAAUCUCAAGUUCUCGGUGGCUUACAAUUCAAUAAUAUCGCACACACGUCAGUCGUCCAUAGUGCUUACGCCGAAAUACCCAAACGAGUUGCUUCAUUCGCUUUGUGGCCGACAGAUUCUUUACCUCCGGUGGAUGAUCUCGUGCGUGCUGGAUUUUUCUAUACUGGAACACAAACAGUCGUCACUUGUUUUUAUUGCAACGGAUCAUUACAAAACUGGGGUGCGAAGGACAAUCCUUUGAUUGAACAUAGCCGAUGGUUUCCACAUUGCUCUUAUGCUAAACAAUUAUGUGGUGACGAACUUUAUCGAAAAAUUCAACAAUCAAAAAAAAUAAUUCAAGAACAAGCGAAGAUCAAACAAUUAAAAGAACAAAACAGUGGACAACCAACAAAAGAUCGUCUAUUAUUGGCACCAGACGAGAAUACAUUACCGCGAUUAGUUGCUGCACGUCUCGAUCUGCCCAUAUCUCAGCGUCUUAUUCAACAAGGAUAUAAAAUAUCAAUCGUAAAACGUGCUUGGGAAGAUCAGCUACGACUGAAACAGGAUGACUUUGCUUCAGAAAUCGACUUAUAUGUUGCUUGUCUCAUUCUACAACGUCAGAUUGAUUGUAUUAAUGGCAACAAAGAAAAUAUCGUUGUUCCACAUGUUCGAAUGAAAUCCAUCCGAGAAAAAGAACAAUCAAGAUCAUCAAGCAUUUUGCCUGCUGUUGAAGAAAUAUCCUCGAAAAGUGCCACUGGUACGACGGACGUAGAAGUCACGGCAAGUUUCAAAGACGAUUCGUCAUCAUCCAACCUGUGCUCUCUAUGCUGGACGGAGGAUAAGGGAUUAGCCCUUUUACCUUGUGGACACGUCGCAACAUGUGUCCCGUGUGGAUAUUCACUAAAAAUAUGCCCUAUUUGCCGACAAGGAAUAGAGGCUUUUGUUCGGGUCUACAUGUAA